AUGUCGUCGGAUCGCGUUGUUGGCGCCGACGAGGUCAAGGUCGAAAGCGACCACGCAUCCACCCGCGAUGCCAUCACGCACACCCUCUCUCGCGAGGACGAGGCCCGUUUAACGCGGCGCAUUCUGUUCAAGACAGACACGAGGAUCCUGCCCAUCCUCUCGCUCCUCUUCCUCUGCUCCUUCCUCGACCGCACCAACGUCGGCAACGCCAAGAUCAUCGGCCUCGAAGAAGACCUGGGCAUCUCCAACCUGCAGUACAACCAGGGCCUGGCCGUGUUCUACGCGACUUACAUUGCCAGCGAGCUUCCCUCAAACCUAGUCCUCAAACGCCUCUCGCCGACCCUCUGGCUGCCGCUGCUGACCGCCGUCUGGGGCCUCGUGACCACCUGCCUGGGAUUCGUGCGCGCCUUCGCCAGCUUCUUCGCCGUGCGCGCCCUGCUCGGCCUCGCCGAGGGCGGCCUGCUGCCCGGCAUCGUGCUGUACCUGUCGGGCCUGUACACGCGCCGCGAGAUGGCCGUGCGCAUCGGCAUGUUCUACACCGCUGCGUCGCUGUCGGGGGCGUUUGGUGGUCUGCUGGCGCGCGGGCUGUCGGCCAUUGGGCCGCGUGGAGGGCUGGAGGGGUGGAGGUGGAUUUUCAUCAUUGAGGGCUUGAUUACGGUGGUUGCGGCAGCGCUGGCCUAUUUGCUGCUCCCUACCAGCAUCGCGACUGCAUCAUACCUGACCCAAGAAGAGAGGGACUUCGCGGUGCUGCGUCUCCAAGGCGGAGCCCGAUCGACGAGCUCGGAAAGAUUCAACCCCGUGCUUGAGCGUGAGGAGAAGUUCAAAUGGUCUGAGGUACGCCGCGGUGUGUUCAAUCUCCAGGUCUGGCUCUCAGCCACGGCCUACUUUGGCAUUCUUUCCGGCUUGUAUAGCUUCGGCUUGUUUCUCCCGACAAUCAUCAACGACCUCAAAAUCACAUCCAACGCCAACGAAACCCAACUCUGGUCCGUCAUCCCCUACGCCGUAGCCACGCCCAUCACCGCCUUCCUCUCGGACCGGCUCAACCUGCGCGGCGUGGUGAUGCUGUGCACGCUGCCGCUCGCCAUCGCCGGGUACGCGGCCAUCGCCAACGUGGCGUCGGCCACGGUCCGCUUCGGCAUGACCUGCCUCAUGGCCACGGGCAUGUACGCCAGCGUGCCGUGCGUGCUGGUGUGGAACUCGAACAACUCGGCGGGCCACUACAAGCGCGCGACCACGUCGGCGCUGCAGCUGGCCAUCGCGAACUGCGGCGGCUUCGUGGCGACGUUCGUGUACCCCAACAGCGACGGGCCUCUGUAUCACAAGGGGCAUACGAUUAUUCUGUGGUUGUUGGUCUAUGCCUGGUUUGCAAUACUCGCAAACGUCCUGUGGUGCUUCAAGAUCAACAAAGACAAAGAGAGCGGCAAGUAUGCCGAGUACGAAGGAAGCGGAGAUGAUCGGGACCCACGGUUCAAAAUGAUUCUGUAA